GGAGAUGUCGUCAAAAGAAUGAUUGUUUGGCAAGAAUUCAUACAAGUAUUGACAACUUAACGAUUUUAAAAAAAUCUGAAAAUUUACACACGCAUGGUUCUGAUGCUGCUAAAGUUGAAACACAAAUUGUUAUUACCAAUAUUAAAAAACGGGCAUUGUCCACGAUGGAACAAACAUCAUGCGUUAUCAAUGAAUGUACAUCAAGUCUAUCACAAGCGGCAAAGGUACUAAAAAAAAAAUUAUACAAUAUUACUAUACAGGUUGAUUCUUUUAUCAUAAAAUACUCGUUAUUUCGUCAAAUAUUCACUUUUUUCUUAUUCAAAAUAUUUUUAUAUUUUUACAUUUUUAUACUAGGGUGUUCUUCCAAAUAACGAUGCAUUAAAAAAGCAAAUCAGAAGAAAAAGGAGAGUUGCUCAGCUUGCUCCACCAGCACCUUUGGAUCUGAUUUCAUUAGAAAUACCUGAAAUGUAUCAAACUUAUUCGCCAGAAGAAGGUAUCCAUGAACAAUUUUUAUUAGCUGAUAGUGGUAAAGAAAUUAAUAGAAUUUUAAUAUUUGGAAGACAAACGGGAUUAAAUAUUUUGGAACGUUCUAAGACAUGGUUUGUUGAUGGAACAUUUAGUGUUAGUCCUUCAUUAUUUUCGCAAGUAUACAUUAUUUUGGCAGAAGACGUAGGUGGUAUUCAUCCAAUAAUAUACGCACUAUUACCAAAUAAAAAAGGUGAAACUUAUCGCAAAUUAUUUACGAUGUUGAUCGAUCUAAAUCCAAGAUUAUUACCAGAUUCAAUUUCUAUUGAUUUUGAAAUUGCUGCUAUUAGUGCAACUAAAGAAGCGUUUCCUCAAGUAAACGUACAUGGAUGUUAUUAUCAUUUAACCAAAAAUUUUCGGAAAAAAAUGGGAGACAUAGGAAUGAUAUCGAAUUAUAACAAUGAUGCUAAUUUUUCUGUGAUGGUAAAAAUGAUAAUUUCAUUAGCAUUUGUACCAAUUGAAGAUCUGGACGUGGCAACAGAUUUGCUUGCUGAUGAUUUACCUGACAACAUUGUUCCGUUACUUGAAUGGUUCGAAGAAUAUUAUAUAGGAAGAAAAAAUAGAAGAAAAGUGGGUCGUCGAUCACCACAAUUUCCUCUAGAAAUAUGGAAUUUAUAUCAAAGGGUGUUAACAAACCAAAACCGCACAAAUAAUCACGCUGAAGCUGCUAAUAGGCGUUUAAAUAUUCAAAUGGGGGUUACUCAUCCAACAAUAUGGUCAUUUAUAAAUUGCCUUAAAAAAAUCCAAACAGGUAGAGACGUAUUUUAUGAACAAUUAGUUACUGGUGGAAGUCCACCAAAAAAAAAGAAGAAAUACAUUGAUAAUGAUAAAAGAAUUUUAAAAUUAGUGUCUAAUUAUGAUAAAAAUAGAAUUUUAUUAUUUUUAAGAGGCAUUGCAAACAAUGUUUCAUUAGGGUAACUAUUUUUAAUGUAAUAAUAUUUUGACUAUAUUACCUUGUAAUAAUGUUUUAAAACUAUUUAUUUUUACUAUAUAUUUAUAUUUAUACUUUGAC